CAGCAGCUCUCUCUCUGAUUGGCCAGCAGCACUUCAGUAAACCAUCAGCUUCCUGGUUAUCUGCAAAUGGACAAAUAAACUUGUUUUUAAACCUGCACUACGGUGGGAAACUCUGGCUUCGUUUUACCAGGGACCAAAAUGUCACCCAGAAGCGGCUGUAGCCUGGUUCUGCUCGUCGUGUUCGGUCUUUUUGUAACUGCCUGUUGUAAGUUUCCUACCUUAGACCACAUCAAACCGAAAGCCGGCGACAAGGCACAGGGGAGAGCAGUGGUCGAGCUGCUGAAACGCCUGCUCGGGACCAGAUCUACGGAGUUCAUAGUGGCAGUCAACAGGAGUCUUUCCAACGACAGCCGAGAGUGUGAGCUCAGUCCCAAAAAACGAUAAAUAGUCGAAAGGGCGCCGGAGGGGCCUGGUACUGGCAUUUACAACUUUUUGAAAAUUUCGCAACUCCCAUUUUUUCCGGGUUUGGGUGACCAGGGCCCUCCCUCGCUGCCAAGGCUCACCGGCGUCCUGCGCAUCAACACCCAACAUAGAUUCCGGUAUUACCAGAACGUCUGCACCUUUAGCUAUUCCUCUGUGUGGUGGGACUGGCCAAGGUGGGAGAGAGAGAUUGACUGGAUGGCACUCAAUGGAAUAAAUCUGCCGCUGGCUUUCACAGGACAAGAAGCCCUGUGGCAAGAGGUCUACCGAGCUCUUGGGCUAAACCAGUCGGAGAUUGAAGAGUUCUUCUCUGGCCCGGCGUUUCUUGCCUGGAACCGAAUGGGAAAUGUUUUCAAGUUUGGUGGGCCUCUGCCACAGUCCUGGCACGUGAACCAGCUCUACCUCCAAUUUAAAAUCUUAGAGCGAAUGAGAUCCUUUGGUAUGAUUCCUGUGCUGCCAGCCUUCUCUGGGAACAUUCCCAAGGGAAUCCUCAGGUUGUAUCCGGAAGCCAAUGUAACCAGAUUAGGGCCUUGGGCUCACUUCAACUGCAGCUUCUCAUGCUCCUAUAUCUUGGACCCUCGUGACCCACUUUUCCUCCAGAUCGGUUCCCUCUAUCUGUCCCAGGUAGUGAAGCAGUUUGGUACAGAUCACAUCUACAACACUGACACCUUCAAUGAGAUGACUCCACCCUCCUCUGACCCCACCUACCUGUCUGCAGUCAGUCGUUCUGUCUUUGCCUCAAUGACCGCAGUUGAUCCUCAGGCAAUUUGGCUGAUGCAAGGCUGGCUGUUCUUCAGUGACACAGCGUUCUGGAAGCCGGCCCAGAUUCAGGCCCUACUACACGGAGUGCCCCUCGGAAGAAUGAUCGUGCUUGACCUGUUUGCGGAGACCGAGCCAAUUUUCUCUUACACAAAGUCUUUCUAUGGACAGCCUUUCAUCUGGUGCAUGCUGCAGAACUUUGGGGGCAACAGUGGAUUCUUUGGCACAGUAGAGAGCAUCAAUUCAGGGCCCUUCAAAGCUUUACAUUUCCCGAACUCCACUCUGGUUGGCAUCGGCAUGACCCCUGAGGGCAUUGAGCAGAACCCUGUGACGUACGAGUUGAUGAGCGAGCUGGCUUGGCGCAAGGAGCCGGUCAACUUGUCAAAGUGGGCGUCGCUAUAUGCAGUACGCCGUUACGGCAGCACACAAGAGAACCUGACCGCUGCAUGGAGGCUCCUGUUUGCCAGCGUCUACAACUGCACAGUGCCACAUUACCGAAACCACAACCAUAGCCCGCUGGUGCACCGGCCUUCUUUUCACAUGAAUACUGCCAUUUGGUAUGACCCGGCUGACUUGUACAAAGCCUGGAAACUUAUUAUUGAGGCAGCUCCAUCUCUCAUGUCCAAGGCUUUCCGGUACGACCUUGUCGAUGUAACUCGGCAGGUCCUACAAGUCCUGACAACGGUCUUUUAUCAGGAUAUCGCGGAUGCCUUCCAGAACCAAAAGCUGCCGGAGCUGCUGACUGCAGGUGGGGUGCUGGUCUAUGAUCUCCUGCCUGAACUCAAUCGUUUGCUCAGUAGUGACCGCAACUUCCUGUUGGGGACGUUCCUGGAGCGGGCCCGAUCUUUAGCCCUAGAUGAGAAGGAGGCCCAGCUCUACGACAUGAACGCCAGAAACCAGCUCACUCUUUGGGGUCCCAGUGGUGAGAUCCUGGACUACGCCAGCAAAGAGUGGGGAGGCCUUAUGGAGGACUACUACGCCCAGCGAUGGGGCCUUUUUGUUCAAACCCUGGUAGAGUGCUUGGACACCGGUCGACCAUUCAAGCAGGACGCCUUCAACCAGGCAGUUUUCCAGGUAGAAAAGGGAUUCAUUUACAACGGCCGAAGGUACCCGACCAAGCCUCAGGGAGACUCAUACGAGAUCGCCCGCAGAAUCUUCCUCAAGUACUACCCACAGGCCUUGAAGAGACUAUAGUGAGCAGAAACUACAUUUUGAAAAAACUUGUCUCAAGUUGCAGCAAGAAGAAUGUCUUCCUCCACCUCCAAUUUCCAUGGCUAUCCCAAAACAUUUUUUAGUAGGAAAUCUAACAGCCUGAAUCUACAGGAUGAAUCUGUUUACACAUGUAGUAAAAUCAGUAAUGCAUAGUUACGGAUGUUCCAGGG